AUGGAGACUAAAGCUUUGAUUCCUGAGGACGAUCUCUGUUGCUCUGUAUGUUGUGACAUUUUUAAAGAGCCUGUUGUUCUGAAAUGCAGCCACAGCUUCUGUAGAGUGUGUCUGCAGCAGUGCUGGGAAGAGAAGAGCUCUCGAGAGUGUCCCAUCUGCAGGAGAAAAGCCUCUAUGGAUGAAUCUUCUCCAAACCUGGCCUUAAAAAACAUUGUGGAGUCUUACUUAAAGCAGAAGACUGAGAGAGAAACGACAGACAAGACGGAGUCUCACUGUAGUCUUCAUGGAGAGAAACUUGUUUUAUUCUGUGAACAUGACAAAGAGCCUGUCUGUUUCAUCUGUCAGACUUCAAGAAAACACAGAAACCACCCGGUCUGUCCAGUGGAAGAGGCCGCUCUGGAGCUGAAGGAGGAACUCAAGCCUGCAUUAAAUCUUGUAAAAGAAAAACUGAAGAAGUUAACUGAGGUUGAACAAGAAUGUAAGAAGACAGCAGAACACAUCAGGAGUCAAGCCCAGCACACAGAGAGGCAGAUAAAGGCAGAGUUUGAGAAGCUCCACCAGUUCCUGCGUGAGGAAGAGGAGGCCAGACUAGCUGCACUGAAAGAGGAAGAGGAGCAGAAGAGUCGGAUAAUGGAGGAGAAGCUAGAACACAUCAGUGGAGACAUCUCCACCCUUACAGACAAAAUCACAGCUCUAGAUACGGCCAUGGAGACCGAAGACACCUCCUUUUUAAAGAGCUACAACAACAUCAAGGAAAGAGCCCAGUGCACACUGCAGGACCCAGAGCUGCUCUCAGGGGCGCUGAUAGACGUGGCCAAACACCUGGGCAACCUGACGUUCAGAGUCUGGGAGAAGAUGCUGGGGAUGGUGCAGUACACUCCUGUGAUGAUGGACCCCAACACUGCACAUGCCUAUCUCUCUCUCUCUGAUGAUCUGACCACUGUGAGACACACAGGUACAGCGCAGAACUGUCCUGACAACCCAGAGAGAUUUAACCGCUGUGUAAAUGUGCUGGGAUCUGAGGGGUUCACCUCAGGGAAACACAGCUGGGAGGUGAAGGUUGGGAAUAAACGUCAGUGGGAUGUAGGAGUGGUGAAAGAGUCCAUCAACAGGAAGGGAAGCCUAAAAUACAGCCCAGGGAAAGGAUACUGGCUCAUAGUGCUGAGGAAUGGUGAUGAGUACAGUGCAGCAGGAGUUACUGACCUCACACUGAAGAGGAAACCCCAGAGCAUCAGGGUGCAGCUGGACUAUGACAGGGGGGAGGUGUCCUUCUUCAACUCCAGUGACAUGUCACUCAUUUACACUUUUAAACACACAUUUACUGAGAGAGUGUUCCCAUUCUUCUCUCCCUGGCCGAGAGAUGGUGAACAGGUGACACCCUUCCCCACGCGACAGCAGGACCCAGAGCUGCUCUCAGGGGCGCUGAUAGACGUGGCCAAACACCUGGGCAACCUGACGUUCAGAGUCUGGGAGAAGAUGCUGGGGAUGGUGCAGUACACUCCUGUGAUGAUGGACCCCAACACUGCACGUGCCGAUCUCUCUCUCUCUGAUGAUCUGACCACUGUGAGACACACAGGUACAGCGCAGAACUGUCCUGACAACCCAGAGAGAUUUAACUACUGUGUGUGUGUGCUGGGAUCUGAGGGGUUUACCUCAGGGAAACACAGCUGGGAGGUGAAGGUUGGGAAUAAACGUGAGUGGGAUGUAGGAGUGGUGAAAGAGUCCAUCAACAGGAAGGGAGAUAUAGCAGCCAGCCCAGGGAAAGGAUACUGGGUCAUAAGGCUGAGGAAUGGUGAUGAGUACAGAGCAGCAGGAGUAGAUGACCUCACACUGGAGAGGAAACCCCAGAGCAUCAGGGUGCAGCUGGACUAUGACAGGGGGGAGGUGUCCUUCUUCAACUCCAGUGACAUGUCACUCAUUUACACUUUUAAACACACAUUUACUGAAAGGGUGUUCCCAUAUUUCUGUCCCUGUGGGAGAGCUGAUGGGAACGAUGAACCCCUGACAAUCUGCCCAGUGAAAGUCUCAGUAACAGUGACGUCAUCCCAGUGA